ACAUUUACGUAUAUGAGAAAAUUUAACCAAAAAGAAAAAUGUGGCACAUUUCUUUCUUCUCCAUCUUAUACUUCUGCUUAUUUUUUCUCAUAAUCCCCCAUCAAACUGCAAUAUCAAUUGACAUAAUCAAUCAAACCUGCAAGAAAUGCUCGGAUGAAUCCAACAUCUUUAGCUACGAAUUCUGUUCAGUUUCUCUACAAGCAGUUCCUGCAAGCCAUGUGACUAAUCUGCAAGGACUAGCACUCAUAGCAAUGGAGCUAGCUCUAGACAAUGCAACCAACACAAUUUCAAUCAUAAAACAGUUGCUUACCAAUGAAACCGCAGACCCUUUUGCCUUGGAAUGCUUAAAAGAUUGCUUGGAAGUGUAUUCAGAGGCGGUCACUAUGCUCGUGGACUCCAUUGCUGGAUUUCUUGAGGAGCACUACGACACUGCCAGGGUGUGGUUGAGUGCAGUGAUGGAAGUGGCAACAACUUGUGCAGAUGGUUUCAAAGAGAAAGAAGGAGUGGUAUACCCUUUGGAAAAUGAGAAUUACAGUCUCUUCCAAUUAUCUGAUAUUGCACUUUGCAUCACCCAUUUGCUAAGUCAGGUUGUACGUUCUUAAUUAGUAAUUUGGUCCUGUUUGGAUUCAUGGGUGUAUUUUUUUAGUCGCAUUACUAGCUUUUCCUUUUUCUAGUAUUUGCUUACUUGAACUUGGUUGCUAGUUCAUCAUGUCACUUUAUAGAAUAAUAUGAUCCAAGACCUUGCUUUCCAUAGCAGAUUGAUAUUAGUUUAA